UUUCGCAGUUACUGUAUUGUUGUUGUUAAUACACUAAGGUACACUUCUCAAAGGAAAUACUAAUGAUUAUUCAAAUAAAUAAAAAAAUAAAAAAACACCAGUGUAACUCUGAAAACAUAACUACUAACUAACAAAAUCAUAUGAAUGGUCAAUGUAAGACCAGUGCAUCAACCCACUGAUCAUUGGAUUCCGAAUUACUGUAUACUGUACUCAAAAUCAAAAGUGGGAAAAUGAGAUGAGAGGCUGAGCAAACUUUAUAAUUUCUUUGAGGCACAUCGUUUUAGUUUGUGUUUGACUACAAAUUUGUUUUAGUCAAGAUUUAAAAUUGAUUUACGUCGGCAACCAGCCAUGUAUCACAUAUUUAUUGAAAAAUUACCCAUAAUAGUAAAACUGUGUCACAGACUCAAGAUGUUUGUUUGAGCCAUGUAGCCUAAUUAUUAUGGUUUAUAAGUCACGUGAUUCUACUGUCAUGACGCUGCUCUUUUAUUGCAUUCAUAAAGUGUGUGUGUGGAGGGGAGUCAUAAAGUUCUGUGCUUGUCUAUAAAUACAAGGAAAGAAAAAGACAAAGGUUAGUGGGUGUUGGUCAUCCUGAAAGACGAGGCAAUACCAAUUUUUGGUUUUAGAUACACACAACAGUCAUGACAUCCUGCAAAAGUGCCAUAAAGAAAAUGCUGCCAAAGACAUAUCUUCGUAAGCAUGUGUCCCAUGAAAUACACGUUGCGUUGAUCCACUUCAAAGACCUUGUUCCAAUGGUGGAUAAAUACAUUUACAAUGAUGGGACCACCAAGGUCUUGAUGAGUCUCACAGGAACUAUACCCAUCAUUUUUAAAGAUAUGAGUUACAACAUCCCCAUAUGUGUGUGGUUUGAGGAGAGCUACCCUCAGUCGGCCCCCAUCUGCUACGUCAGGCCCAUGCGGGACAUGAUGAUAUUGCGCGGAAACUAUGUCUCUGGCAAUGGUGACAUCCUGCUGCCAUACUUGCAGGAGUGGAAGCAGGGGAAGUGUGACCUGGUGAGCCUCCUGCAGUUGAUGGUUGCCAUGUUUGGAGACGUCCCUCCCAUCUGUAUGCAGCCUCAUCCCCAGCCUGCGCAAGCAUCCUAUUCAAUCUUCCCAACCUGGUGCAGGUCAACAAUUUGGUUUCUGGCGUCCUUUGACACUCUUUGGUUUGGCCAUAGUGGAGUUUGGAGUGUGACUGAGAUUGUGGACAGGUGUCUUUUAUACUGAUAACGAGUGGAGAACAGAGGAGCCUCUUAAAGAAGUUACACGUCUGUGAGAGCCAGAAAUCUUGUUUGUUUGCAGGUGACCAAAUGCCUUUUUUCCACCAUAAUUUGCUAAUAAAUUAUUUAAAAAUUAAUGUGAUUUUUCUGGAUUUUUUUCCUCAUUUUGUCUCUCAUAGCAGGGGUAUACCUAUGAUGUAAAUUACAGGCCUCUCUCAUAUUUUCAAGUGGGUGAACUUGCACGAUUGGUGGCUGACUAAAAUUGAAAAUUGAAAAAAUUGUACCGGCAUUAACUGAUUACUAGCAACUUUUUAUUGCUCAGUGACUGUUUUCCUCAAUGUCUUUAUGUCUCAAAAGUGUUCUCUGUCAAUUGACUGUCUGUUGUCGUACUAGAGCGGCUCCAACUCCCGGAGACAAAUUUCUUGUGUUUUUGACAUACUUGCCGAAAUAAAGAUGAUUCUGAUUCUGACUAAAUACUUUUUUGCCCCACUGUAUAUAUAAGGGAUGUAACAAUAUUCACAAUAUCGCUCGAUAUUGUCAUGGUGUUGUCUCUGUGUAAAAUAAUGAGCCUCGUGUUUAAAAUUUAGUUUUCGUCCGGCAAUACGAAGCCACACUGCUUAGCCAGACUUAAAAGUGCGUUUCACUUCCUCAUUUGAGUGGAAACGCAGCCGAUUGGUAGGGUAACCCCUGUGACCAAUUGUGUUCAUCACAAGAAAUACACUGAUUGGCUGACUGGCCCAUGUGACCGAAAGGUUUGCAUUGGGAGGGAUGGAGAAGAAUUGCAACCUUCUACGGCAUACCACUCCUGUCACAAUCGUUACAACAUAUCCGUCCGCCAAUCCAUCUCAUUCGUCCCCAAAAAAUGAAAAAAAUAAAAAAUAGGUACACUCCAUACAAAUACAACAACCAACAUCAAUGCAAAAAUAAAUCAUCUUAUAUACUUCCCUCAAAAAUGAAGUGUCUACGUUUCAAAUUAUAAGAUUAAACAGGCUGCUCAGAAAAAAUCAUUUUACAAUAUCACUAAAUGGAGGAAAACAAACAGGAUCCCCAGGAUUAUUUAUUGUUACUUGGUUGUUUUUAAACCUGCUUUGCCUUUGAGUGUUCCUGUGUUUCUGAAUUGACUUGAGGUUUUGGACUCAAGAAAAUAAAUCACUGUUAGUAGGCAGUAUCCAAUUUAUAUUGUAAAUUUAAAAAAAUGGCAAUAAAUACUGUUAAGUGAAAAGACGAUUUCUCAAUGAACAGUUUUGUUAUUGUGAGCAUAGCAUGAUUAUUACUGUAGCAAUAAUAGUGUUUUGGACCUAUACGAAUGUAGACAUUGGAUGGAUGAGGAUAGAAGUGCACGGUAAUAUAUGAUAUGAAGAAAAACUUGUGGGAAAAUGUAGCGAAACUAAUAAAGCCUACUGAGAAGGACUUGGCCAGCAAGAAAAAGAGAGGUUUUUCGGUUUGCCUGGGUUGGCCUCCUGGCUCCACUUGUACCGUGAACCCUUCUGCAAUACCAUGAGUCUUACUGCAGUACCGUGAGCUUUCUCACGAUGUCGCAAUAAUUAUCGUACCGUGAGAUUAAUACCGUGAUAAAACCGAACGGUGAGCUAUACAGUAGAUAUCGUUACAUCCAUAUAUAUAUAUACACACACACACACACACACACACAGACCCUUUCCAAAAAGAUUUAUACCACGUAAGAGUUUAUUUCCAUAAUUCCAUUAAAAAAGUAAAACUUUCAUAGAUUCAGGGCCCACAAUUUAAACAAUUUCAAGUAUUUAUUUAUUUUUACAUAAUUUGGGCUUCCAGCUCAUAAAACCCAUCAAAUCAGGAAUUCAAGAAAUUAGAAUACUUUGAAGAAAUCACCAUAUACUUCUCAGUUUUUGUAGAAAAAAAAGAGAAAUUAGGGUCACAUUAAAUCAAUCAAAAUAUUAUACUUUCAAAAGGAUAUGUUAAUCGUCAAUAUUUGGUUGGGAAUCCCUUUGCUUUAAUCACUGCCUCGAUGCGCCGUGGCAUUGAGGCAAUCACCGUGUGGCAUUACCUGGGAGUUAUGUAAAACCAGAUUUCUUCUUUGGUUUUGGGUCAGGUGCCCCUCCUUUUCCUCUUGAUAAUACCCCAUAGAUUCUCAAUGGGGUUUAGAUCCGGCGACUUGGCUGGCCAGUCAAGCACUGUGAUGGCAUGGGCAUCAAACCAGGUUUUGGUGCUUCUGGCGGUAUGGGCAUGGGCCAGGUCCUGCUGGAAGAUGAAAUCUGCAUCUCCAUACAGAUCCUCAGCAGAAGGAAUCAUCAAGUCAUCUGAAACAUUCUGCUAGACUGUUGCGGUGAUCUUGGAUUUAAGAAAGGAGAGUUUAACAACACCUGCACUGGACAUUGCACCCCAAAUCAUGACUGACUGUGGAUAUUUCACACUGGACCUCAAGCAGCUUGGGUUCUGUUCUUCACCAGUCUUCCUCCAAACCUUUGGACCUUGAUUCCCAAAUGAAAGGUACACUUUACUUCCAUCAGAAAAGAGGACCUUGGACCACUGGCCAACAGUCCAGUCCUUCUUCUCCUUGGCCCAGUUGAGACACUUCCUACGUUGGCUCAGGCUCAGAAGUGGCUUGACCCAAGGAACCCGACAGUUGUAGCCCGUCUGAAUGUGGUGGUUUUUGAAGCUGUGUAUCCCACCUCAUUCCACUCUUUCUGGAUCUCUGCUAGAUUUUUUUAUCUUCUCUGUUUGAUAAUCCGCUGAAGCCCACGGUCAUCUCUUUUGCUGGUGCAUCUUCUCCUGCCACAUUUUGUCCUUCCAUUGUUAUGCUUGGACGCAGCACUCUGUGAACAGCCAGCCUUCUGAGCUAUGAACGUUUGUGGCUUACCCAUCCUAUGGAGGGUAUCAAUGUUGGUCUUCUGGCCAUUUGUCAAGUCUGCAGUCUUCCCCCUAUUGAACCAAACUGAAAUAAUUUAAUGACUCCUGGGGAAACCUGUGCAGGUGCUUUGAGUUUAGUAGGUGAUUAGUGUGUGACACUCAGUUUAAAACAUUUAUGGGCUGCAAAAUUUGGCAUUCUAAUUUUAUGAAUUCCUGAUUUUGUAGGUUUUAUGAGCUGGAAGCCCAAAUUAUGUAAAAAUAAACAAAUAAAUACUUGAAAUUGUUUAAAUUGUGGGUCCUGAAUCGGUAAUUUAUGAAAGUUAAACUUUUUGAUUGGAAUGAUGGAAAUAAAUCAACUUUUCCAUGAUAUUCCAAUUUUUUGGAAAGGGUUUAUAUAUUUUAAUCACACACACAUCAUACUGUAUGAUUUCUGACCUGUGAUCUCAUAAAUUGUGUAAUCUCACCUGUGGAUGUAUACGUUUUUUGUUUUGCUUUUCUUUUACUUUUUUUUGGCUUGUAUACUUUCUUCUUUCCCAGGAUGAAGUACAUUUAUUAUUUUUUUUUACUAUGGUUUUAUUCCCAUUUCUCUUAACUGUGUUAUUGUGGAGGCGGCACUGUGGAUGACUGGUUAGAGCGUCUGACUCACAGUUCAAUUGCAAUGCAAUUCAUUAAGUGGGUUCACUGUAGUCAGAAUUUAGGACCAUAUUUUGUUUUUUGUUGAUGUGGCUGCUGUUGUUGUAUAAUGGGUAUUCAAUACAAAAGCCAAUUUUGUGAGCAAAGAGGAAAAUGUCAAUCAUUAAACUUAAAAAUGAAAACAAAUGCUACACUAAAAUCUCACUAUAAUCUUAAAACAAGAGUUAAAUAUGUAAUUAUUCAAAUGUAUUGUUCCUGUUUAGCUUAUUUCUGUUGUCUUCUAAUAUCUGCUGUAUCAUUUUGUUGUUGGUAAUAAAGUUUUAGUGACGACUGACGUCAAAGGGCCGUGGACGACUGGUUAGCACAUCUACCUCACAAUUCUGAGGACAGGGGUUCAAAUUCCGGCCCCGCCUGUGUGGAGUUUGCAUGUUCUCCCCGUGCCUGGGUGGGUUUUCUCCGGGCACUCCGGUUUCCUUCCACAUCCCAAAAACAUGCGUGGUCGGUUGAUUGAAGACUCUACAUUGCCCGUAGGUGUGAAUGUGAGUGCGAAUUGUUGUUUGUUUCUAUGUGACCUGCGAUUGGCUGGCGACCGGUUCAGGGUGUACCCCACCUCCUGCCCGAAUAUAGCUGGAAUAGGCUCCAGCACCCCGCGACCCCAGUGAGGAUAAGCGGUAAAGUAAAUGGAUGGAUGGAUGACGUCAAAGGGUACCCGGAAAAUGUCAGGUGUAUUACCGGAAAUUCAGACGCGUUAUUAGGAUUCCCACAAAGUUUCUAGGCAUGACACGCCCUUCUGCAACAUGAUUGGCUUUUGCGUCGCAGGAAGGGCAGGCUACGCCGCUGUAACGAGAUGACCAUCCCAAACAUGCAUCACAUUUGUAUGAAAUAAAAACAAAGAAGUUUGUUAUGGUUAGGUUUGGGCCUAGCGUUUGGGUUUAUUGUGGUUUAGGAUGGGUUCAGGUUAGGAUUGGGGUGGGUUAGGGUUAAUGGGAAUCAUUGAAGCCGCCACAUCUUUUCC